AUGGAAUUUGAGGAUCAAGAAGAUGAGCAGGAGGGCGAGAUGGGUUCCACGGGCCCGAGUUACGACGACUCACUGGUCAACUCAAACUCAACUCGCCCUCUCAAAACGCCGCCCUGCCCGUCGGAACCCCCGCCGCCGCCGCCGAGGAAGCUCCGCUACAGAGAGUGCCUUAAGAACCACGCCGUCGGAAUCGGCGGCCACGCCGUCGACGGCUGCGGCGAGUUCAUCCCCGCCGGAGACGAUGGCACGCUCGAGUCCCUCCGCUGCGCCGCCUGCAGUUGCCACCGCAACUUCCACCGGAAAGAGGCCGACCCCUCCUCAGGCGGCGGCGGCGCCGCCCCCCUCGCCUUCCACCCCCACCACCAGCAGCAGCUUCUCCUGACCCACAACCACCACCACCACCACCCCCACGGCCACUUUGGCUACCGGAGCCCCGGCGGGUACCUCCACGUGGCGGCGGUGCCGCCCCAGCGUCCGCCGCAGACGGCGGCCUUUCUGGCCCUCCCCUCCAGCUCCGGCGGCGGCGGCGGCGGCCAGACAGAGGAGAUGGAGGAUUAUUACUACUCCAACAACACCCACAACAACAAUUGUAAUAAUAAUCCGUUGAUUAGCAGCUCUGGAAAGAAAAGAUUCAGGACAAAAUUCACCCAAGAACAAAAGGACAAAAUGUUGAGUUUUGCAGAGCAUUUGGGGUGGAAAAUUCAGAAGCAAGAUGAGGAGAUUGUGCAGCAGUUUUGCAAUGAGGUGGGCAUUAAAAGGCACGUGCUUAAAGUCUGGAUGCACAACAACAAGCACACUCUUGGUAAGAAAACCUAG